GCGGAUUUUUUGAAUAAAGCAAAAUUCUACUAUUAAACAAAUUUGUUCGUUGGUAAACAUUUCCUCACUUCACGCCUGAAAACAAAUUUUAGCUCGCAACCAAUAUUUCCGUUUAAAAGGCUGCAAAGAUCUUGUUUCGAACUCAAGAAUCAAGUAGCUCGAAAACCCUGCACGGCGAAUUUGCACAGAAUCUCAAGGUGAAAAAAAAUACUUUGGCCUUCAGAAAAUCUUGAAGGAAUCAAGGAUUUGGAUAAUAAUGGUCAGUGUAAGGAGAAGACGAUGAUGGUAUUCCUUUGAUGUGAAAAUUGGGAAUUAUAUGUAUACCUAAUUACCAGAAUUUGCAGAAUUGAAGUAACCUCUUUUUUUUCAUUCAAGUCACCAUGCAGAGUGACACAGAGGGUGCAGGUGAUCAAAAUGAUUUAUUGUCUCAAGAGCUUGGGUGGUACAUACUUGGGGAAAAUCAGGAAUCUGUUGGCCCCUAUACUGUUGCUGAACUGCAAGAAUAUUACGCAUCAGGUUACUUCACGGAGAGCACACUGUUAUGGGCUGAAGGCAGAAGUGAUUGGAUGGCACUAUCUGACAUUGAAGAAUUAUAUAUGCUGGUGUCUGCCAAAAAAUCAGACUCUCAAUUGCAUCAAAAUGAUAGCAUAAAUUCUGUAUGUGAUUCUAUCAGUCAACCUCAGGUUAAUGGGCAGACAUCUAAAAAUGAUGCCUCUGAUGGUGACUUAGGGGCUGCAGAUAAUGAUGAUGAUUUCCAUAGAUGGAAAGAGGAGGUGAGGCAAGCAGAGGCAGAAGCAGAGGCUUUGAAGUCCCAAACAACAGAGGAGGCAGACACCGCCUUUGUUAGAGAAGAAGAUACAAGCAAUGCUGAUGAAAGGCCUUGCACUCCUCCAGAUGGAGAAGAGGAAUUUACAGAUGAUGAUGGAACUGUAUACAAAUGGGACCGUAAUCUUCGGGCUUGGGUUCCACAAGACGGUUCUUUUCAUAAAGAAUCACUUUAUGGUGAAGAUGAAAUGACAUUUGUGGAUGAGGAGGAAAUAAUGCCAGUGCCAACUGUGACAAACAUCUCUAUUGAAAAUGAAUUCCAAGCCGCGUUUCCAACUACAGAUCCAAAAUCUGGUUCAAAACGGAAGUCGAAGGACAUCCAUACUGAGAGUGAGAAGGAAGCCAACAAACCACCAGAUACUUGGUUUGAUUUGAAAGUCAACACACAUGUUUAUGUGACAGGAUUACCAGAAGAUGUUACUCUUGAGGAAAUUACAGAGGUAUUCUCAAAAUGUGGUAUCAUCAAGGAGGACCCUGACACAAAAAAGCUACGGGUGAAGAUUUACGUUGACAAAGAGACUGGUAAACAAAAAGGAGAUGCACUUGUAACAUACUUGAAGGAACCUUCAGUGGAUUUGGCACUUCAACUUUUGGAUGGUACUCCUUUCCGCCCUGGUGGGAAACAAGUUAUGUCUGUCAGUCGUGCAAAAUUUGAGCAGAAAGGGGACACUUUUGUCAAAAGGGAUCCAAAAAAGGAUAAGAAAAAGAAGAUCAAGCGUGUUGAACAGAAGGCUCUUGGAUGGGGUGGCUUUGAUGAUGCCAAGAUGUUGGUGCCAAUAACUGUGCUUUUGAAGAACAUGUUUACACCAGCUGAGUUACGUUCCGACCCAACACUUCUGUCAGAUUUGGAAGCUGAUGUAGCAGAGGAAUGCACUAAAAUAGGUCCAAUAGAAAGGGUAAAGGUUUAUGAGAACCAUCCAAAUGGAGUUGUUCAAGUGAAAUUCAAGGACCGUCAACAUGGUCUGAAGUGCAUGCAAGCAAUGAACGGUAGAUGGUUUGGUGGAAGGCAAAUACAAGCUCUAGAAGAUGAUGGAACUAUUAAUCAUGCAUUGAUACAUGAUGAAAAUGAGGAAGCAGCACGAUUAGAACGUUUUGGUGCUGAACUUGAAGCUGAUUAGUGAAUGAGCAUGACUACAUUUGUCAUUUUUGUAAUUUUAAAAUAUUAGUAAAAUAAUAAGUUUCAGUCAGGAUAUCAAUUUUGGUGAUUGCCCUGACUUUUGUCUGAGUACGUGGGCUCAUUCUUCGGCUGUGUUCAACAUAAUAUACAGUUUGUAUUCAUGUGAGAUAAUGCGAAUUUAUGAUGUUGCUUAUGGACUGAAUGUUGCAAAUUGAUAUUUAAUUCCUCGACUUUGUUGUCUUGAAA